AUGAUCAAAAGAAAACGUUUCUUUUUCGUUUUACUCUUCUCCGUCGUGUCGAGCCUCUUUUUACUUGUACAAUACUUUAAAAGAGAUGAUCUUUCGUCGCCGAUCUCAUCCCACAAUUUACUCUUCGAUUUCUUGAAUAGCUCGACUUUUAUCCAACCUACGCUGAAGAGGGAUGUUUCGUAUGCUUUUGUGGCGUUGUUGAAAAAUCGAGAUAACAUUGCUGAGUACGAAUUUGCUCAAAAAACAGUGAAAUGCUAUUGUGAAUCGAGGAAAAUCCCUUAUUAUUUGCUUGUGAACGAUGAAGAGAAUGUGAAAGGAUGUGCAAUGGAAGAUUAUAUGUAUCAACGACAUUGUAUCCUUGCAAACUUCAUGAACACGACAGAACACGAAUGGUUUGUGAUGCUGGAUGCGGAUAUGGGAGUGAUCAACCCGGACACUUCAAUCGACAAAUUCAUCCCCAACAAUGAGUCGAUCUUUCUGGUGCUAACGAAUCGAGUGAUGAACUCGGAGAUCAUGACUGGAUCCUAUAUUGUGAGAAAUGAUCCUCGUGGCCGCGACUUUCUAAUGAUGUGGGCGAAGAGUUUCGAGGUUUAUCGAGACCGUUUCGGGAGCGACAAUGCUGCUGUGCAUAGUGCAAUCGUUCGACGCUAUCUCCCAAAAUUGGAAUCGAGUCUGGCUAAAUGCGUUCAGUUCCUGGAGAAAACCUAUUCCUAUGUGCGGGAUGGAUGGCUGACUGGAGGGAAAUUCAGUCAACAUGAUUUCAUCUUUCACAAUUGGAAAGAGAAAGUAAAAAACAAUCGAGCCGCAUUUGGUUGGUGGGAUUACCAAUUCACCGAGGAUGCUUUCAAUAAUUUAAGUCUCUGCACAUCGGGCGAGGAAGCCUACCAGCUUUGGCGUUACAAGCCCGGCUUCCGAGUGACCGUCGCCGAAAAUCGAAAAUCGUUGGAUACUUGGAUAAAAAACACGAAAAAAGAACGAGAUCGGCAAGCAAAGCUCUCGCAAACGUUCAACGUGGAUUCGGCAGUGAAUUGCCAU